UUCCUUCUCUUUUCCUUCUCCACCCUUUCCCUCUCCCACCCCUUUUCCCCUCUUGACAACUACCUCCUCGAUUGUGGUUCCACUGCCCCACUCACCACCGCUGCCACUUCUUCCCUCUCCGCCGACCACCGCCUCUUCUCCGGCGACCUCGCCCGAACACCCAACUCUCCCUUCCACUCCCCUUCACUCCGUGCGUCCGUUUCACUCCGAAACGACAACCCCUUCCCUGGCCUUUCCCCAAUCUACCACACCGCUAGGGUUUUCACUAGUCCAGCUAGCUACACUUUCUCCCUCAAAGACAAAGGACCUCACAUCGUUCGUUUCCACUUCCACGCCUUCAAAUCACCCCAACUCGAUCUGGGUCGAGCUCAAUUUCGAGUCUUGGUCGAUGACUACGUCGUAUUGACCAACUUCACCCGUUUGAAUUGUACAGGGCAAAACCCUAAGGUUUUGGAAUUUCUUGUCCCCGUCGAAGAUGAGAAGAUCGUGAUAGUUUUUGUGCCUAAUAGAGACUCUAAAUUGGCGUUUGUGAACGCAAUUGAGGUGAUUUCUGCACCCAACGACCUUGUCCCUGAAACAGCACAGUUUAUCGGUAGUUCAGGGAAUUUGGUGAAUUUUGACGGGUUGAACAAACAAGCCCUUGAAGUUGUGCAUAGGGUCAAUGUUGGGGGUCCCAAAGUUACACCUUUUAAUGAUUCAUUGUGGAGAACUUGGGUUCCUGAUGAUGGGUUAUUGAGAUCAAGCUUUGGGUCUGAAAGGCUUGUUUUUGGCGGGAGGAUCAAGUAUCAUGAUGGAGGUGCUAGCCGUGAGGUUGCACCUGAUAAUGUGUACAAUAGUGCUAGGUUGAUCAGAAGUGAGAAUGAUUCUGUUACCAAUGUGAACAUUACUUGGGCGUUUCCAAUUCUUGGAGGGUAUAAGUACUUGAUUCGGUUGCAUUUCUGUGAUAUUGCUAGCAUUUCACUUAAUAUGCUCUAUUUCAAUGUUUUUGUCAAUGGUUAUUUGGCUUAUGAAGAUUUGGAUCUGUCUUACAUUACAAGAUCAUUGGCUUCACCGUUUUAUGCUGAUUUUGUGGUUGAUUAUGGAGAUGGCAAUGUAGGUGGGGAUUUGAGUGUUGGUAUAGGUCCCUCAAAGAAUAGCAUUACCCAUGCUGUUGAUGGUAUCUUGAAUGGUGUUGAGGUUAUGAAGAUUAAUAACUCUCAUAGUAGUUUUGAUGGAGAGGAUUGUUCUACUAUUGUUCUGAAAAGCUGGUCAAAGGGAAAUUAUUCAGGUUUGUUGCUUACUUUGGCAGCUGCUGUGUGCAUUGUUUUGAGCCUAUCAAUGGUGAUAAGAAGGAAGAUGAUUGAGUCAAGGGAAUCUUUAUCAUGGUCAAGGUUGCCUGUGAAUUCAUCAGAUGGUGAUGAUCAUGUCAAGGUUGGCAAUAUUUAAAGAAAAGUUUGUGAUAUUUAUGUAGAUAUCAAGUAAAUAAGUUGUGUGUAAAUUUAUGUGGAUACCAUAAGAGAAGAAAUAUUGAAUUUUAGAGUUUGAAAGUGACCAACAUAAACUUGCGGAUGAAUAAUUCUGUGGAAGAGAAUCCUAUUAAGGAGUGUUUGUUUUGUUGUAUUAAAGUCUCUACUUGUUUAUAUCACCAUACCUUCUGACUAUUUAUUUAAUAUCAUUAUUAAUUUUGUUCUGUA